AGAGUCUCUGUGCCAUCUCACAGAAGCUGCCAAGGAUCUGGAUAGCAUUGAAAAUUCAUUGACUCUUCAGUGGGAUUGAGCAAGUUCCUGGUGACUCAUAUAUUAACUAUGUUGACGAGGCAAUUCCAUCUGUGCAGAUGAGAAAACAAAGUUGAUUUUGGUGAUAAAGAUAACAGAACUCCAGCGCUGUUGUAAACAGGGGUUGAAUUCCCCGCAGAAAUCAGAAAACGGUUUGAGUCUCACAGUUGGAUGUACGUGCUCAGGGAGCAGAGCUGAAGAUUUCAGUAUUUGUCCAGCCUUUCUUUUACUGACUGUGGCAAAACUUUGACAUCCACUUUUUUUUAUUUCACAGAAUCUUGCCUUUUGCUUCCCAUUGUCAUGUCUUCUCCAGCCAGAGCUGGUUCCCAUGAGGAAUUUGUCUGUGCCGUCUGCCAGGAUCUGUUCAGUGACCCAGCCACCAUCCCAUGUGGGCACAGUUUCUGCCUGCCUUGUAUUGCCAGCUACUGGGAGCUGUGCUCUGGCACAAGGGAGGUUAGCUGCCCUCAGUGCCUACGCACCUUCACUCCCAAACCCACACUGCAAAAGAACCUCACUUUGUGUGAAGUACUGGAAGACCUCCGAGCCAGUGGCGAGAUCUCAGCUGGCUCUCGUCUGGCUGGGCCAGGGGAUGUCACCUGCGAUGUCUGCACCAAGACCAAGACGAAAGGCAGGAAAAGUUGCUUGCACUGCCUGCUCACAUACUGUGGGUACCACUUGCAGCCUCACCACCACGACCCAGUUUUGAGAGACCACAUCCUGGUUGACCCACUCAAGCACCUCCAUGCCCAGCGAGACUGUGCAGCUCAUGGGGAGCCCUUGGACUGGUUCUGUUGGACAGAUGGGGAGAAUAUUUGCAGGUACUGUGCUGUGGAGCAACACACAAUCCAUGAAGUGGUGACUGUGCCAGAGGAAGUGGCUCAACAACAGAAACUGAUUCAAUAUAACUCGUCUACCCUGAAACGAAAGCUGCAAAAGACAUUGGCAGAGACCAGCGACCUCCAGCUGAAAGUUGAUUCAGUCAAAAAUUUGUCACAGGAGGUGAGAACUGAGAUCACCCAGAAAUUCACAGCCAUGGUCAAACUUAUCGAAGAAGCCAACAAAGAAGCGAUUGGUCAGAUUAAUAACGAUGAGCAAGCGAUGCUGGGCCAGGCCAAGAGUAUAAGGGCCCAGUUGCAGCAGAGGUGUACUGAGCUCACUACUCGUGAACAUCAACUGAGAACCCUGCUGAAGAUCGAUGACAACCUGAUAUUUCUGCAGGAAUCCAAUUGUUUCAAAGCAAGUGUACAGCCUUUAGAGUUCCCACAAUUCAAACAAAAAAUAGAUGCACAGUCCACAAUGGCUUGUGUCAAAGUCGCUGUCAACGAUCUUGCUGCAUUGACUAAACAGCAUGUGAUAUCAUUUCGCAAGCAAAUCCAAGACAAUCAAAAUAUUGACAAUCCAAAGAAAGUCAGGAUCAAGAAAGUUUUGCCAUAUUCCAAUGCAAGGACAGGCAUGACCAAGGAGGAUUUUCUAAAUUCCACUCCAAGCAUCAUGGAAUUACCCAAGUCGGGGCUCCGAAUGCAAUUAUUACGGUUCCAACACCAGCACCUUCACAUCUGUACUGAAAGAACUGAGUCAUCUAAUAAAGGACCAAAUAAUAACCUGUCGUGGUGUUUAGAUUUGCAUUUAACACCAUGUAACACCUUCUUGGUCUUUGCUGAUGGAGUAGAGUCUGAAAUACCAAGUGUGAGCUACAACAGAAUUGGAAUGUACCUGCGAGCUGACACUUUGUCCUUUUAUGGUGUGACAGAUACAAUGACUCUCAUCCACAAAUUUUCAAAAGUAUAUUUGAAGGAAGCCCGUCCUGCCUUUCGAAUUGAGAAUGAGACAGUGCUGACUCUUUGUCAACUUCGACCCAAAGGGGAAAAGGAAUACUUUAAAAAACAAGGAUUGUCUGCACGUUUCAAAAGGGAAUUAACAUGCACCCAUUAUGGAAGAUCUUUCAAACAGACCCUGGGCAGGAGUCCUCACAGGGAAUCCAGGAGGAAAACCCAUCCCUUUCACAGCACGAGUGACUGUAUUGCAGUAGGAGGAUCAGGAGCACGAGGUCCAGGAAGCAAGCAGCCAUUCCAGAAGGAAGUAACCCGAGCAGCAAGUUACAUUUUUCAGGAAAGCAUUGUUCGAAGAAGGAGCAACAGAGUCUUCAAGCUCCAAGAGAAAUCCUGUGUGCAUUUCAAAAAAAUCCCAGUUAGUUUAAAUGAAGAUGGCAGUCACAUAGCGGAGAAUGGCCAACUGUGCGUGGGAUUUCCCAGUGGCUGCAUGCAGUUUACAGGGGGAACUGAUGAGGAAGAAGCGUUCAGAAAGACCAAUCCCAAUCUGGUGAAAGUUCUAAUCGAUAAGAGGAGCUGUUUGACAACAAUUGGAGCUGUACGAUUUACAAAAGGCCGGAUCAAUAAACUGAAGACUCAGUAUCGAGGUGAACGUGCUUAUUGGAGUGAUGAAGGGAAGAAGGUUCUUGCUGUUCUCACCAGUGAUGUGGACUGA